AUGGUGGCUGUUUCAGUGGAUGGCAACAGAAAACUCUACAGGUUACAGAAAGCAAACCAACGGCAGGAAGAGAGAUGUGUGGGGACUCCCACUGGACAGCAGCAAAGAGAGACAUCAAAGCAGGCCAACAAGUUGGAUGAAGAAGGUGUGGAAAUUGCUGUGUGCAGGCAUGGAUUCCUCCUCAAAGGUCUGAAUAUGUAUAGAGGGGAAAUCUUUGCAUAUCCAAUGUUUCUCCAAAAAGAGUUCCAGGGUGCUGCAUUUUUGGCCAUGGAUGUGACCUGCCGUUAUGUGCCAUACCUUGAGAAGGUGUCAGAGGCCCUGACUCAUCUGCAGCCUCUUAAGAAAAUGAAACAUUGCUUGUCCGUGAUGCAUGCCAAAGCCCACAAUACAAAAUGCGAGAUUCUGUGGAACGCGAGGAACCAGGAAGGUGCCGGAACCACUCUUGGUGAAGAAGUAGAGCAAGUCAAUAGUUUUCUCUCCAGAUGUGCCCUGACCACAAAGUAUAUGUCCAAGUCAGUAAGAACUGAUAUGCUUACUGUCCAUGCUAUUGGGUGGAAUCAACGUAAAGAGAACGGCCUCCACAUUGCCUUGUCUUCCAGAUUCAAAAAGACAGUAGAAAACACCUUAGAUGCAACAGAGAGCCUGAAGAAGAUGCAGGACCAGUUGCAUUGCAGUGAUGACAUGCUAAAGCAGUGGGUUGUUGAUGUCAAGCAGUGGGCCAGUAGCAGAAAUGCAGCAGCCAGUUCUGUUGAUGCUCGUGUUUGCAGAUCUCCAUCGACGCACUCUUUGUGAGCAUUUGUCAGAAGAAGCACUACCUUUAUAGACAGAAUG